AUGGAUGAAAUAGAAUACAAAUUGAAAACAAAUUCUAGCGUCUUAAUAGUCAAUGCUGUCGAUAAGCUGAUAUCAACAAUAAAAUCCAAAUUUAAGCCGGCUGAGAGACAGAAGUUUGUGUUAGAAAACGAAGAAUUGAAGUUUUUAAGAGAUAAAUGUUCUUCUUCAGACGCUGUAGUGAGCCUGACUGCAUGUCAGGGUUUGUUGGCUCUUGUGGAGCUCAACGUACUUGAAAUUGGCUACACUAUGUCGACUAUAGUAUCGCUUUUACCUACUGCUCAUAACUUCUCCGCAAUUAUCUCAACAAUGGCUGGUCUCCUAGUCCUUGACUUGAAGCAUCGUCUUGUUCCAGGCCAACCAUACAGAUGUCAGUUUUCACUUCGCUCUCCACAGCAUCCCUUUAUUACAAUUUUGGAAAAGAACAAGGAUAUGGAGAGUGAUGUUCUUGCACAGAUGCAUGCACUAUGCAACAGUCAUGAAUAUUUGGUAUCGUCAAACAGUCUAGAACUACUCCGUUCAUCUGAUUCCCAGGCAUCAUUACUUUUAGCAUGUCUAAGUAGCCAGCAGAUAUGCAAUCCAAAACUAAUCGACAGCUCGUUAGCAGCUUAUUCAGCGGUCACUGAAGCUGUCUUAUACCAAAAGCGUCGGGAGUACAUUGUCGCGAUUGUUCCUGUACUAGCUACUAUAUGUAAUCAGCUUUUGAAGCAUGGACAUGAUCCCCGACCAUGCUAUAGCCUAAUAGAACGAUGCUUCUCUAUCGACGCACCAGAACUCAAAUGUGUCUCUGGACUGACACUGCUAAUACUCGCAGAUAACUUGACUAAAACAGCUGCGUUAUACCUGCAAGAAUUAUUUAACUUAUGCCUCAACAUAAUUGGAAAAUUCGAAUACUCUUCUCUUUGCCUCAACUCUUUCGUAGGGCUCUCCCUACAGUGGCUCCAUCUUCCGUCAUAUUUAACCACCAAUUCUUUGAAUACAGCUUCGAAAAUUCUGGAAACACAACAACAGGACAAGCCGAGCAACUUCCUGUUUAUUGCAAAUCUAAAAUCCAAUAAGAUCUUUCAAACUCUAGUACAGACAGAGAAGCAAUUAUAUGCCUAUUUUAAAUUAUUAGAGACGUGGGAAAGAUUACAGGAUGAAGACAAAUUGAAAGAAUGGUUCGAUGGCCUAAUAAAUUCCAAUAGUAGUUUGAAAAUUGAGUUACUACCAUUUUUAGUAGGCGUUUGCUUAGAUAGGACCGGCGAUGAAGAGAUUGCAGUAAAGACAAUACAAGCUAUAGUUCAAAUAGUUAGUGUGGAGAAGGAAACGUCGGUGACAUUUUUGCCCAUUUUGUUAUACAAAUUAGCGAAUGAUACCCGCCCGAAUGUUAAGCUGGCUUGUUUAAAAGGAUUACCAUUCAUGGCUAUAACAAAGGAAAAUGUACCGACUAUAGUGUCUGUCUUGAAUAAGCUGAAAGCGAACAAAGGUGUACCAGCAUCUCUGCUCGUCAUGUUGUAUACAAGUUUGGCGGAAACACAGGUGCGAUGUUUCCCAUAUCUCCAAGAGAUAUUAGUUGACGUCUUAACAAAAGCUGAUGACCUAAAGUGGGAGGUGGAUAUUGCUAAGGCGAUUGCGGUUAAACGGAUCUGUGAAGAGCGAGCGUCAUCACACGGAUUGGAGUUAGUGUCGGUGAUAUCGUCCUUAUUAAACCGCUGCACAGAUAAGUCCGGAGCGACAGCAACAUCGAUCGCGUUAGAAGCAUUAGCAGCAUUAUGGCGCGGGGCGGCUGUAGCUCCUCCUGGGACAUGGCGCGCGUUAGAACCUAGACUUGGCAGGGAUAAUCGACCAGCAGUGCAGAUAAGCUUAUGCAAAUUGCUAUCCGAGAUCCCUGCGCUUCGUGUCUCCACGCCCGAAUAUGAUAAACUGAUAAGCGAAGCUUCCAAGCGUCUCUGGCUAUCAAUCGCGGAGGGCAUUCAUUGGACCGUGUCUGAUGCAGCUUGCAAUGCGUUGGCAAAUUAUAAAAUUGAUGAUUAUCAGCUGAAAGAUAUUCCCGAGGUAUACAGACGAACAGUGAAGUUACCGCCUGCAUAUUGUAAAACACCAGCUGAUGCGAUUAGAAAACCCGAAGAUGUAUUGGAUUAUGUGCCUUGUGAAGUCUGGCCGGAAGUUUUUAAACACACCAAUCAGAAUGCCCUCCCCGCUGUGGAGAAUCUGGUAUUUACACUAAUUGAAAGAGAGAUCGGCUUCUUUCGAAGCGGAGUAUACAUGUUUGAUGGUAGAGAGCCCCAAAGUUUGAGUAACUUACCGCCACAUAGCGUCCUGAGAGGUAUUACGGACUGUGUACGAAAACAGGUAACUUCUCCUUCGUACGAUAUCAAGGAAGCCGUUCUACUCUCAAUGCUGUCUACUUUAGCAAAGGGAUAUCCACGUCCCUUGCCUCCGUUUGACAUGUCGUUCUUGCAUGACGCAUUUCAUCGGGGGCCCGAAUGGCGUACGCGAAGUAUUGAGUUGGCGUCGCGUCAAGCACUUACCUCACCGUCUGCGAAACGGCUGAUAGAGAACUUUUUGGCGGGAAUCGCGUCUAGUAACGAGGAAUCAGAUGUGAUGCUGACUUUCGAAUUCCUUCCCAUCAUGGCUCGUACUAUGCCUCCCAACAACUUGCGACCUCCUGUCGAGACCCGCUUAGAAAAGUCAUUUUCAGUCGUUCUUGCAUCUUCGAACACCGAAGAGUUUACGUUUGUGAAACAGCUGAAACUUAUUAAAAAAUGUCUGGAGUGCGACAGGAUACAUGAGGCGAACAGAACUUGGUUGUGUCAAGCUGUGGAGGGGUAUUUCUCCCAAAUUAGUGACAAUAGUCCAAUAUGGCCAACGUAUGUUGACUGUUGCCUGGCGCUUUCCACAAAGUAUCUAGAGCGAAUGACGUCACCGAGUGGGUGGUGGGAGGUGGCAAGCGAUUUGUUACGGAAAUCAACGCGCAUACGCAGCGCUUUAGCCGCGCAAACAGACUGCACUGCACCCCUUGUAUGGCUCAACGAGUCAAUAGACGUGCACGCUUCGCAGAUAGUAGAACAAGAUUACUCAUUGCGCUGCAUUUUUGAUGCAUUACGUGUUGCAAAGCAAGAUACCCCCACCACCAAAGACUGGUUGUUACAACUAAUGGCUCGAAUUCAAGUCGCUUUUAAUAAAACAGAAGAUGAAUCAUCGAAGUCAUACUUAUGCGACGUGUUCAUGCUAUCGGUUAUAACGUUAAGUGGAAUUUGGUCCUUCGAGCCGGAUAUGGAAAUAAUAUUGUGUAAUCGGGCGAACAGACAAACGGUUAUGCCUGCGGCUAUCGCAUAUCUUUUAAAUAGAGAUGCUUGGAAGGGCUGUACUCUUCAGACGUUGGAAUGGUUAUGUCACACCCGCGACGCGACUCACGACCCGGGCUUACAACGCGCCUGUCAGCAAAGUCUACUAGCACUGAGACACUGCGAAGAAUUCGUUACACAUAAAAUUUGGACGAGAUUGGAACACCAUUUUGGAAGUGUUGCCAGUAAUGAUAUUGAAUACUGA